CGGAAGAAGAGGGAAUUAGAUCCUGCGAUGGACUGCUUGAUUAAUGCUCACCUGCGAGGUACAAUUCAUUGUCGACGCAAGGUCCUCCAUGUUCACUUCAAUGACUCAUUGGCUGAUCCAGACCAUGUUACAUGUGACCCAUCAAAUUCCGACGGCUGCACCCGUUGCGCACCACUCACAUCAAGUGUCUGUUGCGACAUCCAUAAUCCCGACUCUCUCUCACAUAACAAUAUAUCUUUACCUUCCAAAAUCGCCCACCGUUCACACACUGUCAAGUAUGAGAUGGGGCCACGGGAAUUUGAGCUCCGUGAUGCUCUGGAAGAAUGGCGAGAAUUAAUAACUAGGAGAGUAUACGGUGAUUCGGCGCUCAACGACUAUGGUCCUGGUGUGACAAUGCCGGACUUGGUAUUGGACCGUAUUGUCGACUGUGCUCACCACCAUAAAAUUUCUACUACCGAUGACCUACGUAAGGAAACAAAGUGGUCUGCAGCGGACCGCUUUGGUAGUGAUGUCAUAGCUAUCGUUCAGCGCAUCAUACCAGUUCCCGUGCUCAUACCUGUUUUCACUACUGCCACGCGUCCACGACAAAAUCUCCCAUCUACUUCUCAAUCCAAUCAACCGGUCGUCGCUCGAAAACAACCCAGAUGUAGCGCGUGUGGCAUAGAGGGACAUACCAAGCGCAGCCGUAUUUGUUCAAUGAACCCGUCUCGUAUUGCGUCAAGCUCGCAAACCACCGACAAUAAGGAAAAUGUAUGUUGA